AUGUAUAUAAUAUGUCUUAAACCUAGACUGACAUACCGUUGCGGCGAGUUUAACAUAGAUUUACCAACAUUUAUCGAGCUUGAAGAAUUUAUUUCAAGUCGCUGUAUUGCAUUUGAGAGCUCCGAAACAUUAGAUGCUAGUGCAACAAGAAAAGGAUCAAUAUAUCCGAAGAAUGAUGCAAAUUCGAAGAAGACGUCUAAUCAUCCAGCGACAAGAAAGGGACUUAUAGUCUCUAUUACCAAUGAUAUUAAAUACAGCUGCUGCUCUGAACCACAUAAGUUAUACACAUGCAGUAAGUUUAAAAAUUUAUCAAUAGGAGAACGUGUUACAGUGGUGCGAGGCUCAAGAUUAUGCUUUAACUGUUUUGCUCCAACGCACAUGGCAACUGUAUGUAAAUCUAUGUAUGGUGGUCGUAUAUGCAGACGAAGGCACAACACACUGUUGCAAUUUGACAAGGUUGUAGAGCCUGAACAAAGCACUGAAGGGGAACGGACGACAACAAAUACUCCAAGCGUUUCAGCGGCUGCAUCCGCGCUUAGUGGGCUAGAGCAAAACUACACGUUUUUAGCAACUGCAGUUGUCCUUGUUGCUGACAGGCGAAGCAAUCAGCGUAGGUGUAGAUCUCUACUUGAUAGCGGUUCACAGGUGAAUUUUAUAUCGGGGAACCUCGCCAAGUCACUGCAACUAGAUUGUAAAAAAACAAACUUACCGGUCGAUGGUAUUGGGGCGAGCCAAGUGAGAGCUGUAUCCUAUGUUGAAGUCUCAGUUCAAUCAAGACUGAGUGAUUACUGUGUUGAAUUGGUAUGUUACGUGCUGCCAAAAAUUGUAAAUAAUUUACCAUCAUGUGAAACGCCAAAAGAUGGUUGGCAAAUUCCAGAUGAUUUGAUGUCACAACUAGCAGAUCCUACCUUUCAAAAUCCAGGGACAGCUGAUUUAUUAAUAGGUGGCGAUGUAUUUUUUGAUGUUUUCUCAACUACUGUACCUCGGAUACCAUUAAACGUCAAGAAUGUAGUUUUGAACUGCAGCAAUCUUGGGUGGAUAGUGACCGGUGAAUUAGGAGUAGUGACCUUUGUUGGAAUUCAUUCAGUGGGCGAAUCUUUAGAGGAAGAUUGGAAAGCAAUUUGUGCCGGUGAGACCUCCAGUUUCGGACGGCUAUCGAAGACAAACCAGAGAUGUUUGGAAAAGGCAGAAACAGUUGAACAUUUUAAUCAAACUACAUACAGAGAUGAAGAGGGACGGUUCGUAGUACGUCUGCUAAAGAAAGACACGGUGAAUGAGUUGGGUUCUACGUUGGCUAUUUCCACAUCCCGAUUUAUCAGUGUGGAACGCAAAUUACAGCACGAUGAGAAGCUUAGAACGGAAUACACAAAGUUCAUCAAUGAAUAUAUUGAAAUAGGGCAUAUAGUAGAAGUCGUUAAUGAACUAGUGAUAGCAAAACCAUCCUUUUACCUACCACAUCAUGCGGUCCUUAAAGGCUCAAGUCUGACAACCAAGCUCCGAGUUGUGUUUGAUGCGUCAGCCACAAGCUCGUCAGGGCUAUCGCUCAACAAUAUGUUGAAAUGUGGUCCUACCGUGCAAGAGGACGUAUUCGGAAUACUUACGCGUUUUAGGAAAAAACAAUACGCCGUAAUAUCCGACGUCGAAAAAAUGUUUUGUCAAGUACGCGGUUCAGAGGAUGAUUGGAACCUGCAACGGAUUUUGUGGAGACAAAAUCCAAAAGAGUAG